AUGAGCCGAAGCCAUGGACCGGGAUCUCUGCCCUCAGCCAGCCGUGUUCCGGUGGCUUUCUCUCGGCCUUACAGCUCCGACCGAGAGCCUCAGAGACAGAGGCAGAAAAUGGUCGUGGUCGGUAUACCCAACCCGUUCAUCUGGUUCAGGACCAAGAUUUAUUAUUUUCUAAUCAGGGCAUAUUUCGAUAAGGAUUUCACUAUUCAAGAGUUCACAGAAGGAGCAAAACAGGCUUUUGCACAUGUGUCCAGACUUCUGUCUCAGUGUCAGUUUGAGGCUCUCGAAGGACUAGUGGCCAAAGAUCUCAUUGGAAAGUUAGAAGAGAAAUGUAAAUUUCUGCCGUUAAGCUACAAAAGGGCGCUGUUGGCCGAUCCAGACGAGAUCAUGUACACUACGGCCGGAGACGUGGGCAUUUACUACGACGACGACGGUCGUAAAUUUGUAAGUAUUCUGAUGCGCUUCUGGUACCUGACCAGUGCCAGACUUCCGGACGACUCUUUGGAGGGAGCUCGUGUUUUCCAAGUCGCUCUCGGAGAAGGAGAAGCAGAGACCAAGAGAUUACUGACCGCAAACUACGAAUUUCAGCGAGAAUUCACCAAAGGAGUCGCUCCAGACUGGACCAUCACACGGAUAGAGCACUCCAAGCUUUUGGAUUGA